AUGAUUUUUAUUAAUUUACAAAUUUGUUUUCUUUAUUUUGUUGGGUUGUUUAGCUUUAAUUAUUUAUUGUUGUUUUCUAAUGGUUAUCCAAUCACUCAUAAUUUUUUCGAGAAAGAUCAAUUACUUUUUGUACAAACUGUGAGAAUAUAUUAA